AUGACCGAUAUUGGCAGGGAGCGGGACAUUGUCAUUAUCGGCGGCGGGAUAAUUGGAUGCUGCUGCGCCUAUUUCCUAACAAGACAUCCUUCGUACGAUCCAUCAAAACACAGAAUAACAAUUCUCGAGGCCUCGGAGAUUGCUGGCGGAGCGUCUGGCAAGGCUGGCGGGCUGCUAGCACUGUGGGCAUAUCCCAAAGUAAUCGUCCCUUUGAGCUACCAGCUACAUGCCCAACUAGCCAAAGAGCAUAGCGGAGUAGACAGAUGGGGAUAUAGAGAAGUUGGAUGUGGACAGCUUAUCGCAGAUGGUCGGGCCAGAAACCAGGCUGACAAGUCGAAGCCCGGCAAAGCGGCGGUCUCUCUGGGAAAGAGAAGCGAUGAUGCCAUGGCAACGUUGAAGGCUGCCGGGUUUCCAGAAGACCUUGACUGGUUUGAUCCUGCAGUGCUAAGAGCGUACGAGGAGAUGGGAGGCAAGGGAACCACCGCACAAGUGCAUCCGUACCUUUUUACGACUUCAAUGGCAAAACUGGCAGAAGAGAAGGGCGCAAAAGUUGUCCUGGGCACGGUUACUGAUAUUGACUACUCAGAAGGCCCUGUUAAGUCUUUAACAUAUCAAAGCAAGGCCACUGGUGCUACGAAGACUAUCACUGCUACAGACGUUAUCAUUUCAGCGGGCCCCUGGACAUCAAGGAUAUUCCCACCAGCCCCAAUCGAAGCCCUUCGAGCACAUAGUGUUGUCCUACGUCCAACACGCCCUGUCUCCGCAUACACUCUAUUUACCGAGAUCACUCUUCCAGUGGGACAGUCCAAGUCAGGCAGACUAUCUGCAACCAGCCCUGAAAUCUACGCUCGGCCUGACAACACCGUAUACGCCUGUGGAGAAGGAGAUACUUUGGUACCUUUACCAUCAUCUACAGCUGAUGUUGAGGUUGAUCAGUCCAGAUGCGAAGACAUUAUCAACGCAAUUGGAAGUGUGUCUGACCAGUUACGGGAUGGAGAGGUACUGGUCCGGCAGGCCUGCUAUCUUCCUAAUGUAGCUGGCACCGGCGAUCGAGGAAGCCCCCUUAUCGGCAAGACUAGGACAGAAGGCUUGUAUCUAGCAACCGGCCAUACCUGCUGGGGCAUCCAGAACGCACCGGCAACAGGCAAGCUUAUGAGCGAGUUUGUUUUCGACGGCGAUGCUAAGAGUUUGAAUAUUUCUUCUCUGGAUCCUCGCAAGGUGGUAUAG